UACCCUUUGCGUCUAUAUAUAUCCUCCCUCUAUCUUCUUCUGCUUCAUCAAACACAAUUCAGUUAUUCACCCAAGUUCAACUAAAAACACAACCCACUUUAUUUUAAGGAUAUCUUAUCAUGAGUUCAACAUCGAGAGCAUGGUUAGUGGCCGGUACCGUUGGAUUGGUGGAGGCACUAAAAGAUCAAGGGUUUGCACGAUGGAACUACACCAUCAGAGCCAUCCACCACCACGCUAAGUCCAAUCUCCGGUCAGUCACCCAGACAAAGAAGUUGUCUUCUCCGGCUGCCUUGGCUUCAAGCAAAGGCAUUGACCAAUCAGAAGAGUCUUUGAGAAAAGUUAUGUACUUGAGUUGUUGGGGUCCCAACUAAGUGAUCAGUUUCUUUUGUUUUUAGGUUAGGUAUAUAUGGUACAUGUAAUUAUGCAUGAUGUACUACCUUCUUAUUAAUCAAAUACAAUUUUGAUUAUCAUUAGAGAUA